AUAAUUCAUAAUCCUCUUUAAAUUUGGUGGAUCAUCCGGAAAACCCAGGAUUUGUGAGAGUUCUGACUGUAUGGAUUCACCUUCCCAGUGAUUUUCCAUCAUUUAACUUGCCCUUUUGGGCACUUUCACACAAGUAUUCUCGGCAAGUCCGUUCUUUUACACACGGUCCUUUCUAUAUAAUCUUGCAAAUCUUAUAAGCCUCUCGGAGUUGCUAUAUCUUAUUGCGCAGCUGUAUUCCAUGCUAUCAGGGAAUCUGUAAGUAUGGAUGUAAAGGAAUGAUAUAAAGCAACCUGAUAUCCAAGGUUAUGAAGCUUGUUUUGAUUUAAUUGACAAGGUUUCUUAUUCUAGAUGGGAAAACAAUCUACAUUCCACUUUACUACACAUUACCGAGGAACCACCAAUUCGCUGCCAAUUUGGUGCCUCUGUAUAAGAUAAAAAUCGUAUUGUUCCCUUUACAGUUGUCUAGAACGUUUUGCUUAUUAUCCAUGCAUGGUUAUGUCGCCCAAUCUCGUGAGUCACGCUACACAUAUGGAAUUAAGCGUCCAAAAUAGAUCUAUUCUCUAUUUUUAUGUGUGUAACUUUGUGCUAUGGAUGAACAAAAUUAUUGGCCAAAGGUUUAUCUCGAUCGAGGAUCUCUGAUCCAAAUGGGGUCCUGGAAUCUGUCGCUGUCGAUCCGUGAACCCUUAUUUUCUUCUUGUAUUGCUAUUUUUGUGCACCUAUAGACAUGUAUAUCGUAUUUUAAUUUAGGUUUAAUGUAAUCCGUGCGUGAUAUCGUGGAUUCAUGACUUCGAAUGGCCAAAGAAAUGUCCUCUUCUAUAUGGGCUUCAAAAGCUGGCGCAAGCCUCUGUCUUGUAGCGUCGGCUGCAUUUGGAUGCUCUAUACCAACAAUUUUGAAGAAGUUUUCAGAUUCUGCAGCGUCUGAAGAACUAAAAAACAAGGCGGAUUCAUGGCUCUGUCUGUGUAAUUGUCUAGGAGCAGGUUUGUGGAUUAUAUAUAAGAGAAUGGUGUAACAGGGAUUAUAAUGGGAGUUUCAUUUUUACAUAUAUUACCAGAAGCCGCAGAAAAAUGCGAACGUGCUAAAAUAGCCGUUGGUGGUGGUGAUCACCCGGUGAAUCUAUCGUAUUUGUUAUUACUAGUAUCAUUUGCUUUUAUGCUAUUGAUAGAGCGUGUGGUCUCUGCUGGGAGGGAUCCAUGUACAGCAUCAUUUAAUGACUGUAGCACAAGUUCCAAGUGCUGUGCGUUGACAACGCAUCCUCCUCAUGCUGAAGAAGCGCCGUCUAAUGCUCAAAUUGUAAAUAUUAUAGUAAGGGGAGGGGAACAUGAGAAGCUUAGAUUUAGACACAAACACACAGAUUUCCUAGCAAAAAUAAAGAACAUAAUUUGUCCCCUAUGCGAAUGCAAUGGGCUUUGUAUCACUCUUGCGCUUUUUACACACUCAGUUUUUGAAGGGAUGGUGAUAGGAUUAGAGAAGGAGAAUCAUAGUAAAGUAUGGCUGAUUACUCUCGGAGUAGUUUUACACAAAUGGACCACUGGUAUGGCUCUUUCAUCUUUUAUAGCCAACGAAACUACAUUUGUCAAAACGAUUAUGAUUGGUAUUUUCUGUCUGGGUUCACCUUUGGGAGUACUUAUUGGUGGCCUUACACCCGAAAAUGAAACGGCUUCCGCCAUUCUUGAUUCUAUCGCAGUAGGUACACUCAUUUACGUUGGGUUCGAGAUUAUCGUACACGAGCUCUUCUGCGAUAUCCAGUGCAGAAAUACGGCAUUGGGGAAGUGGGCUUGUGUAGUCACAGGUAUAGCUUUUAUCCUUGGCAUGAUGGUACUUGAAUCACAUUUUUUCCCUCACACUCAUGGGCACCAUCAUGGCCAUCACUGUCUAAAUGAGUGUUAUGAAGCAAUUUCAAAAUGUCCCCAAGUCAAGGAAUGCUCCGAUCUUAUGUCAAAGUGUGGUAAAGCACUUAAAAGAUGUACCGAGGGUCACGGUGGCGGCGAUGCUCACUGCCACUGUUCCGAUUCUCAUCACUAA